AUGGAACAAAUCCCAAUAAUUGAUUUUUCAUUAUUUGAUCAAAUUGAUUGUUCUAAAGAAAUCAAGAGAGCAAGUGAAACUAUUGGAUUUUUUUAUUUAAAAAAUCAUGGAAUUUCGCAAGAUGAAGCAAAAGAAUUCUUUGAUUUAUCAAAAGAAGAAAAAUUAAAAUAUACAGUGAAUGAAAAUUAUAACGGUUAUGUUUCUGUUCAUCAGGAAAUGCUUGAUCCUUCAAACCAAAAAAUCGGUGAUUGGAAAGAAUGUUUCAAUUUCGGUAAAUUACAUCAUGAAAAACCGAGAUCACAAAUAUUACCUCCAUAUUUCGAAGGGAAAAGUGAAUUCAUUAAUAAAUUCGAAAAGAAAUGUCAUCAGUUAUGUAUGAAAAUCUUGCAAGCUUUUGCUAUAGCGUUAGAAAUACCACCAGAAGAAGGUGGUAAGAAUUGGUUUGAACAAAGACACAAAUAUGAAAAUGAUUCCGGUGAUACAUUAAGGAUAUUACAUUAUCCUCCUAUCAAACAUAACAUUGAUGAGAAAGAUAUUCGCGCGGGAAGUCACACGGAUUACGGUACCCUGACAAUUUUAUUUCAAAAAGAUAUCGGAGGUUUGGAGGUAGAAUUACCUUCGACAAAACAAUGGAUUUCUGCUCCUGUGAUUAAUGAUUGCGUGUUGAUUAAUAUAGCAGAUUUAUUAGAAUAUUGGUCGAAAGGUUUAUUUAAAUCGACUAAACAUCGUGUUGUAUUUAAUGAUGAUACUGUGAAAAAGGAUAGAUAUAGCAUAGCUUAUUUUUGUCAUGCUGAAAAUGAUGCUGGUUUGGAUCCUAUUCCAAGUAAAUAUUUAGAAAAUUUGGUUCCGGUAAAUCUGGAGAAGGGAAUUUCUUACGGUGUUGACGGUGUUAAAAAACCUUCAACUGCCGGUGAACAUUUAAUCUAUUUUUGUAUUGAAAUGGGAGGAACGCAAAGUACAGAGGCUAAAGGAUAUGGAUAUCAUGUAUUACGGGUACAAGAGAAUUCUCCUGCUUACACUGUAGGCAUAGAACCAUUUUUCGAUUAUAUCGUUGGAAUUAAUGGAGUUCAAUUGGUUAUUGAUAGUUCAUAUCUUCAAGAACAAUUGCUUUUAAAUAUUGAUAAAGAAGUCAUCCUUUUAAUUUAUUCUACAAAAGAACAGGAAUUUAGAGAGGUUUCACUAAUUCCUAAUAAAGACUGGUCGAGCAAUUCCCAAGAUGGAUUAAUUGGUUGUAGUAUUCGAUAUUGUUUAUAUGAGAGCACUAACGAGAAUGUGUGGCAUAUAUUGGACGUUGCGGUGGAUAGCCCGGCGGAAAUGGCCGGUUUGGUCUCAAUGACAGAUUACGUAAUUGGAACACCGCAUGCUACCCUACGUAACGAAUCGGAUUUUUAUGAUUUAAUUGAUGUAUAUUUGGGGAAACCACUUCGACUUUAUGUAUAUAAUGCUGAUUUUGAUGUUUGUAGAGAGGUUAUAAUUGUUCCAAAUCAUGAAUGGGGUGGUGAAGGAUCUUUGGGUUGCGGAGUUGGUUACGGGUAUCUUCAUAGAAUCCCAAAAACGAACAAAUUCAAAUCACAUGAACAAGAAUUUACAUUACCGUGGGAUGCUUCACCUCAAGAGACACGGAUGGAAUCAUCAGUACCUGCUACCACUACCAAUUUAACCAAUUAUCAACAUUAUAAUCCCGAAAAUGAUACUAUAACACCAACUUUAUAUCACGUUGAAAGUAAUAACAAUGAGCAAAAUGCUGAAUUUUUUACUCCCGCAAAUCUUCAACCAAAAAUGAUGAAUAUUGAAAAGGUGAGUAAUGAAAGUGAGAAUAUAAUAACUUCAGAAAAAGUUGGGAUCAAUGAUAGAGAGAUCGAGGAAGCUUUUGAAGAAAAAGUUAUUCUUAAUGAGAAGCAAGGAAAACAAGAUUAA